AAAGCAAAGGUGCAAGUCAUGUCCCUUCCCUCUAAGGACAGCUGGUGUGCCAGGGACAGAACUGGGAGUGAUGCUCAGGGCCUGCCUGUUCAAAGAAGCCACUGCAGGCCCAGUCAGUGUGGAAGGUGUAGCAGACAAGCCAGCCCCAGAAUGAAAGGGCCAGAGUUGAUGUGGGCUGUGCUUCCUCUGCCUUCACAUUCCAGAGUGUUCUUAGGUCCACCUGCCUGUGGGUUCUGGAGGAAAGCUGUAUGUUUCUACUUCCUAGAGGCUCGUGAAAACAUGGGCAUCCUUAAAGGCUGUAGACAUGCCAUUUCUGGAAUUUGAUGAGGCUGCGUGUUUAUCCACGCUUAUUGACUGCUUUAUUUUGGGAGCUGCUGUUUCAAGGACGGAGUUACUUAUAAACAACUGAGAUUCAUUUCUUGUGGCUCUGGAAGUCUGAGAUCAGGGAACCAGCAUGGUUAGGUUCUGGUGAAGGCCCUAUUGCAGGUGGCUGAUGGUGACGUCUCAUUGUAUCCUCAGGUGGCAAAAAGAGACUGAGCUGUCUCUCUACCUCCUUAGAAGGGUGCUGGUCACAUUUGUGAGGGCUCCACUCCCAUGACCCAUUCACCGCCCCCCUCCCCCCAUCUCCAAGUGUCACAUUGGCAUUAGGUUUCAGCCCAGGGAAUUUUUUGAGGACACAGACAGAGGAGCAUCCCUGGGUGGGGUCUAAGGCAGGAGCUUUUCGAUCAGUUCCUGAGGGCAGGGACUGAGUUAAGGCAGAAUGGAAACAUAAAUCGUCAGGCCGACCAGAUGCUUCCUCCAGUGUUAGGGCGCUUUACCUCCCUUCUGACCACACAGUGUGUGUUCUAAAGGCUAGAGCCCAGGCAGAGGGGAAGCCAAGGGGUAGAGCAUCCAACUUAAGUGAAAAAAAAAAAAAAAGUCCAGCAAGAGCCUGCACCCGAGUUUGAGCCCCAGUACCUGCACACACGCACAAAAAGCCAGGAUGCAAAUGUUUGCUGGCAAAGUGCCACAGGCUGGGAGUUGAGCCGGGGAGCCAAAGCUGAUACUAUUUGAAGUCAUCAGUAGAUGACUGUGGUUUAAUAUUUUGCAAAUGGUAUUUCCUGUCACAUAACUGAGCUAAAUACCACAUGCUUUUGUGAUCCAACAAAAUGGGGUGCAGACUGCAUGACUUACUAACAUGGCUCAUGACCUAAGAUGAGGGCGAGGCUUUUUCAUUGUCUUAUGGCUUAUGUUAUUUUCACUUUGCUGUCCCUGCAAGGAGAAACUGCAGGAAUAGUGCUUGGAAGGCGGUCCAAGCAACCCUUUAAGGGAAGUCUUCACAGUGCUUUUUUUUUUUUUUUUAUACCCUGGCCUGCCCUGCCCUGACUUUGAUUUUGUUUCCCUUGUAAGGAUCCUAGGCUAGCAAUCCUGGGGAGUGGAUUACCAACCCCCAGUCACACAAAACAAGGGGUUCAGCAAAUGUAGCUGUGGGCUAGUCUCAGAGUGGCUCUGGAGGAGUUUGGCACUGCUGGAGUGUGAGAAUUCCUUAUUUGGGGAACAGCCAAUGAAACUUGCAGAUACUGACAGGAAGGGCAUUCCUUCUCUGGAUUAAGGAGCUUUGUUUCAGAGCAAGAAGUCAGAGGCCUCAAAGACUGAGUUGGAUGGGGGGCUGAUAUCAGGAGGCAUCCAGAGGUGUUGGUGAUAACUUCCGGAGCCCAGGAGAGCUCAGCACAUCUUCUUCCACUGAGGGGCAGUGACAAAGAAGCCAGAUGCAGGGGCCAUAUAGAAAGAAGGCUGAUCUCUAUGCACACACUGUAAUGUCAGCUGGGAGUGAUCUGCAAUGCUGCUUCACCACCCCCACGGAUCCAGGCAAAGCUCAGCCAUCUGCCCACCAAGAAACAACUGAACAAGACAUCUGAUUCUUUGACAAAACCAUAUCCUGAAGAUGUGUUCUCCCAACCCAGGCAGUUGGGUCACCUUUGAUGAUGACUCUGCUUUUCAAUCUUCUCAAAAGCCAAAGAAUUUUCCUCCAGAGAACCAAGGCGUCUGUAGACCAAAUGGACUAAAGCUGAACCUUCCUGGCCUUCGAGAAUUUCCCAGCAGCUCUUCCUCCACCAGCAGCACCCCUCUUCCUUCUCCCAUCGUAGAUUUUUACUUCAGUCCUGGACCUCCUAGUAAUUCUCCUCUCUCUACACCUACCAAAGAUUUCCCAGGGUUUCCUGGCAUCCCCAAAGCAGGGACUCAUGUGCUGUAUCCUAUUCCAGAAUCUUCUUGCCCCCCUACAACAGCAGGAGCAUGUUCCUCUGUAUCACCUACGACACCAACUUGUGUAUCCCCUGACCACUCAUGUACACCUCCAGCUCCCAGAGUGGACAUUCCAGAUGAAACCAGCCCACAGAAAGCCCAACACCCUGGAGCCCAAAGUGAUGUUCCCCAGUUUCAGUAUUUUCGGGAGGACUGUGCUUUUUCAAAUCCAUUCUGGAAAGAUGGAGGUAGUGCUUCUCAAAUUUCCUUUGACCCCUCAGAAAGCAGAAAAACCUUCUCAUCACGAGACAAGGAGAUAACUAUUGACCAAAAAAGCCUAAACAAGUGUUCGCUCAACUAUAUCUGUGAGAAGCUUGAACAUCUCCAGGCAGCUGAGAACCAAGACCCUCCUGGAAAUGUGUUCAUACAGGAUGCAGAUGUUGAAGAGCGACAAUAUUCCUUUAUCCCUCACACACUGUUCAGGAGUCAGCCGAAAGCUGGAUGGUCGUUCAUGAUGAGAAUUCCUGAGAAGAAGAACAUGAUGUCUUCCCGGCAGUGGGGACCGAUUUUCCUGAAAGUGUUGCCAGGAGGGAUUUUGCAAAUGUAUUAUGAGAAAGGGUUGGAGAAACCAUUCAAAGAGUUACAGCUAGAUCCUCACUGCAGGCUCUCAGAACCCAAAGUGGAGAACUUUAGUGUGACUGGAAAGAUCCAUACUGUGAAGAUCGAGCAUGUGUCCUACACAGAGAAAAGGAAAUACCAUUCAAAGACAGAAAUCGUUCACGAGCCAGACAUCGAGCAGAUGUUGAAGUUGGGGUCCACUGAGUAUCGGGACUUCCUUGACUUCCUCACUACUGUGGAGGAGGAGCUGAUAAAGCUACCAGCCAUUUCAAAACCAAAGAAGAGCUAUGAGGAGCAAGAAAUUUCCCUGGAAAUUGUGGAUCACUUUUGGGGUAAAGUCACAAGAGAAGAUGGGAAAUUGGUGGAAAGUGCUGUGAUAACUCAAAUCUGUUGCCUCUGCUUUGUGAAUGGGAAUACGGAAUGCUUUUUAACCUUGAAUGACCUUGAGCUGCAGAAAAGAGAUGAGAGCAGUUUUGAAAAUGACCCAGAAAAGAAGGGGAUCUCGAUUCUCGACUACCAUUUUCAUAAGUGUGUGAAAGCCCAAGAAUUUGAGCAAUCAAGAAUCAUUAAAUUCAUACCUGUUGAUGCUUGCAAGUUUGAGCUGAUGCGUUUCAAGACUCUGUAUGAGGGGGACGAACUUCCGUUCUCCCUGAAAUCUGCAGUGGUUGUCCAGGGGGCAUAUGUGGAACUCCAGGCUUUUGUCAAUAUGGCCCCAGUGGCUCAGAGGUCAUCCCAAGGCAGUUCCUUGAGGUGCUGUGACAAUAUCACGAUCCACUUUCCUGUCCCAUCUCAAUGGGUCAAGGCCCUCUGGACCAUGAACCUCCAGAGACAGAAGUCCUUGAAAGCCAAAAUGAACCGCCGGGCAUGCCUGGGUGGUUUAUACGAACUUGAGUCUGAACCUGUUGUGCUCGUCACUGUGGGGUCAGCAAAGUAUGACAGUGCCUACCGGGCUGUGGUGUGGAAGAUAGAUCGGCUUCCUGAUAAGAAUUCAAGUCCAGAUCACCCCCAUUGUCUGUCGUACAAACUUGAACUUGGAUCAGACCAGGAGAUCCCCUCUGAUUGGUAUCCAUUUGCUACUGUGCAGUUUUCAAUGCCCGACACUUAUGCCUCAGGAACCACGGUCCGGUCUCUGGGGGUGGAGAAUGACCUCCAGCCACAGAAGCACGUUCUCCAGCGGGCUUGCUACAGCCUCCAGGUGGAAAUAGAAAAAAAAUGGAUUAAAAUCGAUGGAGAAGACCCAGGUGAAGCUGGUGGCUGUGUGGCUCAGUAGGAGUCGUCAAAGUGAAGGAGAAUGACCCACUGUCCACUGUGUCACUCAAUGACGAGUGUCUUAUCUACCACCACAUGACCGGCAUGGACAUGCCUUCUGAGCAAUGGGUGUGGCCAAGGACUGUGCUUGGACUUGUGCUAUGUGUUUCCCUAGGGCUGUGAUCUAAAAUACUUGUGUGAUGUCUUGUUGCACUGUGUGACCCAGGUUACUGAUUUGAUUAUUCAGUGACUUGGUUCUGUUCCCCUCUGUGUUGUCUUAGCAGCUGGACCACAGGGGGAGACAAACAAAAGCAGACACAUGAGAACACUUCAUUUCCUAUCUUGCUAAUCUUUGAAAUCUGGCUAGUUAGAGAGCAGAGUUGAAACCAUAGGCGAACUUGGAGAUUUGGGGAGUCUCUCCCUGUGGCUCCGAGUAGUUUGUGUUCCUGUCCUCUGAGCACACUGGAAAGUGAGCGGCUGGCUGUGCUGCAGAUUUUAAUACAAGCCACUGAAACAUACUGGUGGGUGGAAUUUCUUUCAAAAUGGAAUAAGAGCAUUGGACAUGAGUUAAAAUAUUUAUGGACAUUAAAUAUGCAUUUUUAAAGUUUAUGAAUAUUGUUUUCUAAGAGUUCAGACUCUAGAAUGGAUUUUGACAAAGUAUUACUUGCAGUGAACACACGGCUCUCUGGAGCUGAAGUCUAAAUCAUAUGAUUAUUAUUUUAUGUUAGUGCUACUAUCAUGUGACUUUAUGUCUUUUUAGUUAAUUUAGAGUAUUUUUCUUUUCAGGAUAGGUAAAAUGGCAGAUGCCAGGUCAUUAUUUUUUUCUUCUUCUCCCCCUACCCACAAUGCCUAGCUUUUGUGGGAGAUGAUUUUCUUCAAAGUCAGAGAAAUGAUUGUAAUCAUUUAACUUCUGUUGAAAACCAGUGACAUGUGCAGGUAUAAUUCUGCUGAUAAUUCCCAUUUUGUCUUUAGAGGGACAGGUCAGAAGAUUAAAAUUCAUGAAAUCUGUGCUCUCAGUGUUUUUCAUCUGAAAGACAAGCAUCUUUGUGUAGCAUUAAUACACCUUCAACUUAAGUUGAGUCUGAAAUAUAAUUGGUAGAUAUUUUUCUCUAUUUACUAGGUUUAUUUUGAGUCAAAGCUGAUGUCAUGUUCUUCCAACUAACAUUUUUGUUGGCUUAUAGAAUUUUGUUUCAUACAUUUUAAUAUUGUAUUGCAUUCAUUUUCAUCUAUUCACAUAGCAGAUUAAAACAAACAUUUUUAUGGUCUCUAUCAAUCAGCAGGUUUUUAUUGCUUUUCUUCUUUUUUU